GGUAUGUGUGCAAUGAACAUCGUGUCUUGCUUCUCGUCCUGCUUUGACUCGACUUAUUCACACUGACCUGGGUAGAGGGUAGAAAGCUUCAUCUGAGAUCGGACGACUGCUUUCAGUUACUCUCGGUGCUAUAACUAUAUCGUUGGCCUCGCAGAUCCUAGACAUCUUCACCCCGACCUUUGUUCCUGUUCGUAAACCACAUCUGGAACUAUGGCUCCUACCGCGACCACCGAAGUCCUCUCCGCAUCUACCAAUGGGAACGGCACCACCGCAUCUUCUGGCAAGGACUUGAAAGCGGCGCUCAUCUCCUCUCGUCCGUCCGCGAUCUUGCACCGUACCCCGUGGAGGCCACCCGUUGCCGUGAGCGCGGAGGGGAUCUAUGUGACGUUGGAGGAUGGACAGACAGUGAUUGAUGCAGUGGGUGGGGCUGCGGUUGCGUGUAUCGGAAAUGGACAUCCGAAGGUCGUGCAGGCCAUUAAAGAUCAGGCAGAUAAAGUCAGCUAUGUGUACAAUAUGCAGCUUUCGAACGGGCCUGCGGAGAGGCUGGCGCAGAACUUGAUAGAGUCGAGCAAGGGUGCCUUCGACCUUUGUGGAUUCGUUUCCGGAGGAUCGGAGGCCAUGGAAGCCGUGAUCAAGCUCUCGAAACAGUACUACUUCGAGCAAAAGCAACCCCAGCGUGUCAACUUCAUCUCCCGUAACUUAUCCUACCACGGAAACACCGUCGGGACGCUCGCACUCUCGGGCCACCCUACCCGUCGUACUCCGUACGAGUCUAUCCUCAAUCACGAACAGUUCCAUCAUGUGAGUCCGGCGUAUGCGAAGAGGUUCAUGAAGGAGGGAGAGAGCGAGGAGGAGUACGUUGAGAGGCUGAGGAAGGAGUUGGAAGAUAAGUUUGAGGAGUUGGGGCCGGAUACUGUUAUCGGAUUCAUCGCAGAAACUGUAGUCGGUGCUACGACAGGUGCCGUCCCUCCUCCGAAGGGCUACUUCAAGGCUAUGAAGUCCGUCUGCCGGAAGUACGGCGCUCUUUUCAUUCUGGACGAGGUCAUGAGCGGGAUGGGACGUUGUGGGACGUUGCACGCUUGGGAGACCUUCGACGGUGAAGCCCCGGAUGUUCAGGCUGUGGCGAAGGGUUUGGGUGGAGGGUAUGCGUCGAUUGGAGCUGUGCUCAUGUCGAAGGAGGUGGCGAAUGGGAUUCGUGAUAGUGCCGGAUUCUGGAAACACGGCCACACGUAUCAGGCUCACCCGAUCUCCUGCGCUGCCUCCCUCGCCGUCCAAGACGUUAUCGCCUCCGAAAACCUCCUCGAGAACUGUCGCGCCCAAGGCGAUUACCUCCACUCCCUCCUCACCGCCCGUCUCACCUCACCUAACUCCAUCGCCAAACCUUAUGUCUUCGAUGUGAGGGGCUCGGGCCUGUUGAGGGCUGUGGAGUACGAUUUCGAGAUUCCGAGUGCGGUUGAGGCGAGGAAGGUGGAUUUGAAGGGGAAGCCGUUCGCGAUGGUCGUGCAGGCUAAAUGUAUGGAGAAGGGGCUGAUGAUCAUGGGGAUGACUGGAGGUGCAAGGAUCGAUAACACUAAGGGUGAUACCUCGAUCUUCGCGCCUGCGUAUAACGUGACGAAGGAGGAAGUGGACAAGAUUGUGGAUUUGUAUGUUGCGGCUGUGGAGGAGGUGUUGACCGCGGCUUUUGUUUGAUUCGAGUCUCUCUGGUGUACACGGAUAGCUGCUUGGUCUAGAAGAAGCUAACUCAUUGCGAAUGGGCGUAUGAAUAUUUCUACAUUGUAACCAGUAUUACUACGCAGCGCCGACUGAGAACGAGCA